AUGUCAAGCAUAGAGCGUAGAAAAUUCGUCGCCCAAACCAAAAUGGGGGAGUUUGAAUUGAUGCUAUUAACAUCCAUACCCGUUUACUCUCCGUUUCGCGAGAGGAUCGAGUUUGAUUAUAAGCGUGACGCGUCGAACAGUCGAAUGAAUGUUAUUAAUAGGAAAAAAAGGUAUGAAGUGGUAGAAGAGGGUACGGGAACAGAAGACGCACAAGAAAGCGCCGAAGGAUAUAGCAUAACAGAAAACGCGAGUGAAUAUGAAUAUGUCGAUUGUUUCGAUGAUUAUGAUGAAGAAUACGAGGAACACGAAUAUGACGAUAUAGACGAAGACAACGCAGAAGAGGACGACGAUAUGGCAGACAUUACGGAUGAAGAGGAUCGAGCAACAGACAUGUCGAUCGAGGGUAAACACACGGAAUACACUCACGCUCACUCACCUCACAACAAAAUAUCGAUAAACGGCAGGCACGACAAAAUCGAGGUACACUACCCGGGCAACUUCCACGGUGGCACAGAGUACAUAGAAGAGCACUUUAACGAGCAGUACACUCUGGACGAUGUAUACCACCCGCCCUCUGUUCAUUCUCGCAUGGCUUUUUCUACGUCCGUACCAAAGUCUCGCUAUUUCCUUUCCAACCUAACUCGAAAUCUCCCGCCAUGCCCAGAGACAAUUCCCAACAUUUCCUACCCUCUUCAUCUUCACCCUCACGGCGCGUUGGUUUAUUCGACGAUAACUAAUCCACAACUGCAGAAUGUUCGUAUUUCGUUUCAUCCACUUGGACAUGUUUGCGUGUCCCAUGGGAACGAAGGAGAGAGACGUGAGUUUGAAUAUUUUUGCGCGGAUGGGAGCUACUAUCGCAUAUGCAAAGAUGGGAGUAGAGUGUUUGACAGUGGAACUGGGGAAAGUGGGCGCCAUUUUUGGUAA